UCUUAGCAACGGCGCAACCCCGAGCCCCGCCUUCCUCCUUCCCCUUCCGUUUUCCCGCGGGUGACGUCAGCGCGUCUGCCGGCCUGCGCGUGACGUCAGAUCCCGGGCGAGGCGGGCGGGGCCGGGCGGAACGGCUGAGCCGCUGAGAAAAUGGCCGUGAACGUGUAUUCCACCUCUGUGACGAGUGAUAACUUAAGCCGACAUGACAUGCUCGCCUGGAUCAACGAGUCGUUACAACUAACUUUUACCAAGAUAGAGCAACUUUGUUCAGGUGCUGCUUAUUGUCAGUUUAUGGACAUGCUCUUCCCAGGUUCCGUCACGCUUAAGAAAGUGAAAUUUCAAGCAAAGCUGGAGCACGAAUACAUUCAGAAUUUCAAGGUCCUACAAGCAGGUUUUAAGCGAAUGGGUGUUGACAAAAUAAUACCUGUGGACAAAUUAGUGAAAGGGAAAUUCCAAGACAAUUUCGAAUUCGUUCAGUGGUUCAAGAAAUUCUUCGAUGCCAAUUACGACGGAAAGGACUACGACCCCGUGGCAGCUCGGCAAGGCCAGGAGUCGUGCCCCGCCCCCGCUCUGGUGGUCCCGCUGCUGAACAAACCUAAGAAGAACCUUGGUUCUGGUGGCACAGCCCCAACGAGGCCCAUGGUCGCACAACGAACAACGGUGGCGAAUAAACCCGGGCCUCCGAUGAUCAAAAAGGCCCCUGGGGGGAUUGGAGAGGAUGAAUCGGCCGAAUUGAUACAGCAGAUCAAUGCAUUAAAGAUGACUGUGGAAGAUUUAGAAAAGGAGCGAGAUUUCUACUUCGGGAAACUGAGGAACAUCGAGCUGAUCUGCCAGGAGAACGAAGGCGAAAGUGACCCGGUCCUCCAGAGAAUCGUGGAAAUACUUUAUGCUACAGAUGAAGGCUUCGUGAUACCCGACGAAGGAGCCCCUCCGGAAGAGCAAGAGGAGUAUUAACGGCCCCACCGACAUCGACCAGCCGAGCAGCAGAGUCAGAAGUCCGAAAAUCUUUUGCCCCAAUCAUGUGCUUAUCUGUAAAAUACUCUUCGUUUUAUUCUUAGAGGACUUUAACUGGUUUCUUUUCAAAAGUAAAACAAAACAAAACAAAACAAAAAAAAGAGUACCUCUUCAAGUGCACUUUGCGUAAGUUUUACUACUAUUUCCCCCCCCCCCCACCCUUCCGCUUCCGAUGGGUGCGUGUUUUGUUUUGUUUCUUGGGUUUCUUUCUUUCUUUUCUUUUUUUUUGGGGAGAACUCUUUUGUCAUUAUUUGUAGCGGAACGAUAUUAUCAACAUCCGUUUGGUGUCAUUUGGAAGCAGGAGGUCGGUGCAGACUCGGGGUACGGGGGGGGGGGCCUUCAUUGAUGGAGGAUUGGCAGUGCGGCGUGUUUGGGGAGGGGGAGGGGUUGGGGAAGCAGGAGAGGCUGCCUACGGAGCGGAAGGGUGGUUUUUCCGCCAGGUGCCAUGUAGGGGGAGAGGAAGAGGGGUGAAUUGGGGCGUCGAGAGAACCGGAAAGCAACGGAGGUUUUGAGAUGCUCGGGGGAAAAUAAAGGGGGAUUAGAGCUUUGCUCGCUUGGGGCUGCGAGUUCGGGAGGUCAGGGGCCGUGUAGAAGUGGGUCCAGCGGUGGUUGAGGAUGUGGCAGGAGAAUGGAGGUUGUAGUAGGCUCGGUUGCAAGAAAGGUGUGAAGCAGGUGCCCGAAAUUGGCUUCUAUGGUUUGGUGUAACCUCCAAUAAGACCAGGAUUGUCCAUUCUUGGCAAUUUUUCAACACUUGUGGGACUUCAGCUCCCAGAAUUCUGGGAGUUGAAGUCUCACAAAGUUGCAAAAGUUGGACAGUUCCGAAUAAGAUCCUGACUCCUCACCUCAAUCUCCUCCUCCCCUUAGCCCCUGAUGCUCCACCUCUGCUCCCCUCAAUAUGGGCCCCUUCUCUUCCUCUCUGCCCCCCUCCCUCUGCUUCUAAACUAACCAUGUUAUCUUCAACAAACAAACGGACGCAGUUCUGGGUGGCAGCUGCCCCCCUUCUCACCAAGCUAAGAUAGUUUAAAACAGGGAUGCUGGAUCCCAAAGGAUUGGAGAGGGCACCUGGUUGUAACACUCCACUCUUGCUCAAACUGGACUCGCUAGUUGUUUUUUGCAGCCUGUGCCGAGAGAUGCCUGGUUGGGCAUCACGCCUCUGUUGCAGGGCCUCCCCCCCCCCCCCGCCAUCUGCCUCUGAGUUACCUGUGCAGGUACUGCAGGGGACUGUUGGGGGGGGGGAAGAGAAAAAUUGCGUAUUAAAUAGGUGAGCCGAGGUUGCCGGAGAUAAUAAGAGCGUUCUGAUGAAUUUUGAUUAUUGCAGUAUUCUGUGUUUGACCCUCUCCCCCUCCCUCCCCUCCCUUCCCCAAUGGCUGCUCCUCGGGGAGGGGGCUUUCAGAGGUUUGGGACUCUCCCCCCACCCACUCCACCUUACCCCUCAGCCUCCCUCGCCACAGCAAAGACUAAGCUUCCGGCUUGGUGUGUUCUUUUUGUCCGUUCGCUUCCGGUGGUUGUGUGUCUCGAUGUGUGUAGAAAGCAGAGUUACGGUAACUUGUUGUGUAGUGCAUGAUUUCCUUAUGACAAUUCAGCGGGAGACCCACGUUUUGGAAGAAUGCCAAAAAAGAAAAAAACGAAAGAAGGGAAAGAAAGAAAGAAAAAGAAAAAAGAAAGCCAUUAUUUAAAACAUCAGAGGUGCUGUUUCUCUUGUGGCCUUCUAAAAUACCUGUUGCCCUAGAACGAUAUUCAGAACCAGACUCCUUUUGACAGGGUUUUUUUCUACUUUUAAACAGUUUCUAAAUAAAGUUCUGUUAUUUCAAGAA